AUGCAAAUGGAACCAUGGCGCAAACGAGGCUUUGUCCCGGACUCCGACGAGGAGGACGACUUCGACUCCCUUAACACGAGCAAACCAGCUGUUGAUGAUGCAAACGACGAUGUCGAUCUCGAUUAUAUUCCCAUCCCUACGAUUAUUUCGAAGCCCGAGGAGGAUGCUGCGGAGGAUCAACAUUCAGAGCUGUCGGACCCGGCAGCACGUUCUGACGACAACCAUGACGACGGAGUGGUCGAAGGCUCUCAAGAAUUGGUGGACUUGGUUUUAUGCCCUCCGAGCAAGAACGGGCUGUUCAGAAGCCAGGAAUUACGCUCUGCGGCCCCCCGAAUGGAGCAAAGCGUGCUCCAACAGUUGCUUCCUUGA